GAAAACCAACCUUCAAAGAUCUGCAACUUGCCCGCUCAAACACUCCCCAAUUCCCCAAAUUCAAAAUCCAGUUCAUCAAAUCCCAUUUUCUUUAGGAAGAAAUCUUUCACUAUCACCUUUCUAUUUUCUUCCAGUUUCCAGAUCUACUUGAGAAACAAGUAACUGCUAAAAACUUUAAAUACUUCUUCUUCUUCUUCACACCACGAAAGAGGGGGAAAAAAAGAAAAACCCAAAGUUUAAAACCAAAUCAAUUCAUAGAAUACUCUCUGUUUCUAUUUGAUACGAAUGACAUCCUCUGAUUCCACCCCUCCUCUUCCUGUCGCCCCAUCUCCUAAAAAGGAGAAUACCACUCCAGUAGGUUCAAAAAUUGCAGAAUUGAAAGAAUCAAGGACUGAGCUGCUCAAUAGAAUUCAAGGAUUGAAACAGUAUCUGAAAAAUUGGAGGUCUAAACUGGACACCCAAGUUAAAAUUUACUGCGAUGAGCUCACUGACCUGAAGAAAACACUUAAUGUUGAAGUGGAGCAACUCCAUACGGAAUUUCAAGAACUGAGGAACACUCUACAUCAGCAACAAGAUGAUGUUACUGCCAGCUUAAGAAAUUUGGGGCCGCAGGAUGUGUCAGAGGGUGCGAAAGAGGCCGAAGAUUGUAAGGUUGAAGGAAAGGAUGUGGAAAUGCAUACUUCACCCAUAAAUGAAAAUGGCAAGGAAGUGAACAAAUAGAAUGUGCAUCCUUGUACUUAUGACUCUUCUCUGAGUUGUUGUGAACUACUAUCAUGUUUCUUAGGUUAAAAUUACACUAGUCUAUCUUGUUUUCUAGCUGAAGAAUCAGCUUAAAUAUGAAACCAAAGCAUCCUCAAUCUCGUCUUC